AUGGCCUCGGAAAAUUCUACACAAACUGCUACAGAAGAAAUUCGUUUACUUCUUAUUGGUCCACCAAAAACUGGUCAAUCAUCUAUUGCAAAUAUUCUUGCUGGUCACAAUGUUUUUCCUGUUGGUGCAUCAAGUUCAGUUGAAUCUGCAACACCAACAACACAACCAAGACAUUUUACUAAUAAAAAUAUUCUUACUGACAAACAUUUACUUGUUGUUGAUGCUCCUCCUUUAUUCAUAUUAAAAGAUGCAACAUCAAAUGAAAAAGACAUGAGACGACUUGCGAAAUGUGUUGCACUUGUUAGUCCUGGUCCACAUGCAAUUUUUCUUAUACUUAGUUGUGAUGAUGCAAAGAAUGAACGAUUUGAUAUGAAACAAAUUGUAACAACUGUAUUUGGUGCCGAAGCGUUAGAUCAGUCAAUAGUUGUUUUUUCAUUUAUUGAUCGUCUUGAAAGAAAAGGUAUAUCUGUUGAUGAUUGGAUAAAUAAAGAAUGUAAACAACAAGCAUUACUUGAAGCAUGUGGUCAUCGUUAUUUAGUUAUUGAUUCUUCUCAUAAUGAUCAAACAAAACAUAUAGAUUUUUUAAAUCGUACAUUAACAAUGUUAAAUGAAUUAUGGAAAGAAAAAUUAAUAUUUAAAUCAAAAAUGUUUGAUGAUAUUGAACAAGAAAUUCAACGACAAGAAAAAAAUCGUUCGGAUUUAUUUCAAAAAAAAUAUGCAAAUAAUUUUUAUGGUUCAGAAAAAGCAUUACGUCUUCUUUUACGUGAACAUAUGCGUGAUGAACUUGAACGAGAACCAAUUUUAGCUGAAGCUGAUUAUCUUGUUGUUGAAAAAUAUUUACAACCUAUUGUUAAAUCUUUAUUACAAGAAGUCGCACGUUAUCUCGAAGAAGAAAUUGUUAGUACUUAA